AGAAUGACCUCCCUUGCGAAAACAGUCUACACCAAACCGGUUAGUUUAUUUUGCAUCCAAACUUUGAACGAGCAAGAUGAGUUUAUUUCAACUGAAGAGUGUUUUCAUCAGCGAUGAGGUGGACCCGAGAUGUGUGGAAGUUCUGAAGGAAAAUGGCAUUGAAGUUGUCAAAGACACGAAACUGAGAUUGGACAAGGAAAAGUUUCUGGCUGAAAUUGGGAAAUAUGACGGCUUGAUUGUCCGAUCUGCUACUAAAGUGACGGCAGAUAUUAUAAAUGCAGCCACUAACCUGAAGAUUAUUGGCCGAGCUGGAACAGGAGUUGACAACAUUGACUGUGAUGCAGCCACACGAAGAGGAGUCAUCGUUAUGAACACCCCUGGAGGGAACACACUCAGUGCUGCUGAACACACCUGUGCUCUGAUGUGCUGUCUGUCCAGAGAUAUCCCGAACGCUGUGGCCACCAUGCGUGCUGGUAAAUGGGACAGGAAGGCUUUUAUGGGCUCUGAGCUUAACGGGAAAACCCUUGGCAUCAUCGGUCUGGGUAGAAUUGGGAAGGAGGUGGCCCUUCGCAUGCAGUCAUUUGGAAUGACGACCAUAGGCUUUGACCCAAUCAUCCCUGGCAGUGUAAGUGCAGAGUUUGGUGUGGAAUGGAUGGACCUGGAGAAGUUGUGGCCCCUAGUGGACUACAUAACUGUGCACACGCCGCUUAUUCCUCAAACAAAGAAUCUAAUCAGUGACAAGGUGUUUGGGUUGUGUAAGAAAGGAGUGAGGGUGGUGAACUGUGCCCGGGGCGGGAUCAUCGACGAGGAAGCCCUUCUAAGAGCCCUAGAUAAUGGCAAUUGUGGGGGUGCUGGCCUCGAUGUGUAUGUGAAUGAGCCCCCAGAGGACUACAAGCUUGCCCAGCACCCUAAGGUGAUCCCAACCCCCCAUCUGGGAGCAAGUACGGUGGAGGCACAGACACGGGUUGCCGUGGAGAUCGCUGAACAGUUUGUGGAUGCAAUGAAUGGGAAGUCUCUCUUUGGGGCAAUAAAUGCCCAGGCGUUGCAGAAUAGCAUGAGCCCGGAGAGUCAGCCCUGGGUUAGGCUGGGUGAGACGUUGGGCACCGUCUUGGGAAAUAUUGGCACCAGUGGGCAGAAGAGUCUCAAAAUCACCACAUAUGGAGACUCGUUAAAGAAAGCCGGAGGUUAUUUAAGCACUGCCGUACAGCUGGGAUUUAUGCGUAGUCAGUCCCAGGGUGGGGAUGAGGGAGUGAGACACACCCUGGUUAGUGCCCCAACACUGGCAAAACAACUAGGCAUUCAGGCCAUUACAAGCCACAGUGAUGCAGCUUCAGCUUCAUCUGGUCCGGAGGUGACAGUGUCGUUAGAUGGUUUCACUGUCUCAGGAACUGUUUCCGGUUGUGACCCUGUGCUCUUGAGUAUUGAUGGGGCUCCAUUCAGCCCCCCUGUACAACUUAAGGGGUCGACAAUCCUGGUAAAGGCUAAAUCAUCGCCACAACUUUUAGCUGACAUUGCAGGUAAACUUGCCAAGAACGGAGCCCAGAUGACAGGGAUGUCAGUUUCGGGAGAGACCAAAGGCUCUCAAUGGGGGUUAGUCUACCUAGCUGUCCCCCCUCCGAGUGGAGUCUUCGGAAUUCAAGAGGCCGUCCAAUCAGCUUUCUCCCUAAGAUUCUAAAUUCUGAAUAGUUACAGAACAACUGACUUCAAUAAAAAAUUGCACAAACUAUUAAGAGAAUCUUGAAUACUUGGUUUACCUGUAAGCAAAUAACUUUAAUGGCUCAAGACAUUUUCUUGUUUAAAUAUGAAAUUUCAUAGAUUUAUUUUGUAUUUUUAAGGUUUUAGGGAAAAGGUAUUGAAUAAUUUCAGGUCAUUUAAAAGACAUCCACAAACUUGAUUUAUCAUCAAAUUGCAUUGUUAUUGUUGUUUAAGCUUCAACUUUUUUCUCAUUCAUUUUAUUUAAAUGUUGAUACAUGUAGUUUUCGCUUGAUAAAUACAUAAUCCAUUUUGAAACAAAGAUUUCUUCGUGAGUUGACAACAUAUUUUUUUGUCCAAUGAGAAGGCAGUAUACUCCUAAUUUGCCAAUACAUUUAUUACAGUAAAUUAGCGGUUGGACAUCAUUGAUUAUAAUCAGGUGAAACGGUAGAUAUAAACAGUGGCUUACCCACUUAGUGGGUAGUAAACACAAUAGUUCAUCGACCAUUAAAAAGUUAAAGGUUGUGAGUAUGUACUUAAAUCGAAUAAAUGGUUAUACAAAACUACGACUGAAACCACAGACCUAUGAUAUAGGUCCAUGCUGAAAUGUAAUAAAUGAUUUUAUCAUUUUUCAAAUAAGUAUUUGGAAUUUGUUGUGAUGAGAACUCAGGCGAAUUAUAAUUAGUCAUUAUUACAAUAUCUAAUGUUUUCUAACUUUGAACUGUUUGAACACUAUUAAUGUCAGAGUUAUUGAAUACUCAUUAUGUAAUCUCAUGUUGUAUUUGGUCAGUUUACAGUGUGUUAAUUAUCAGACCUUAAUAAAAGACAAUCAAUGAGAUUUUACUUAAACUUUACAAGCUGUUUUAGCAAACGCCAGCAUUAACUCAUCAGCAUUUUGUCUUAACAUUCUUUCUUUUUUGGGUUGGUAGUUUACUGAAAAAUACUAUUGUAGAAUAAUGUGUGAAUAAGAAGUCAUGUUAAGUGAACAAAAACAAUGAAAUACUCAGUUUUAUUUUUUUUAAAUCUAUGUAUGUUUUUUUUUGUUUAUCUUGAGUAUGAAAUAUAUUUAUAUUUAUGUGCUACAAGCUUUCCGUUGCCAUUUUUCAAUUCCCAACUUUACCUACAGAUCUGUAUGUGUAGGUUUUUGUAGAUGUUUACUCCUGCUAUGCAAAAUAAAUGCUGUUACAGUUUGUAGGUGAAUAUUUCCUUAAGAGAAAAAACUUUUUAAGGUGUGUUUGAUAGUCGAAAGUUCUAUUGUAGCAUGAGUUAAAUUUCCAACUCGAGGUUUGUAAUGGCACUGUUUUCUGUAGCGGUUCCAAGUUUCAAACUAUGAUUGAUUAUUCUGCCCGCUCUCCUACACAGUGAUCUCCCUUGAAGAUCAGAAAAAAUCUGUCACAAUAUAAUGUCGAAAUAAGCAGGAUGGAUAACUGUGAUAAUUACAAUUAUGCAUUUUUAUGCAAUAUUUUAUUGAGGGUUCAUACCUUGACAUUGUUUUCAAAGUUAAAAAAUAUUUCUUAUUUCAAAUGAAAGAAAAAUUUAACAUUUUAAAUGCCAUCAUGAGGUUGGGUGAUGGCUGUGAUAACUGUACGACUAAGGGAGGUAACGCUGUGUGGAGUUUGGGUUCAGCUUUUACUGGUCAUCAUGCAUCAGUUGUGAUAAAGAAAAACAGGAAUGGUCAGAAAAAAAUACAUUGUUUAGUGUUUAGUUUUAUUAUAUGCAAGGUAUUUUCCCACCCUUUUUAUUGGUCAAUUUGCUGUCAUGUGACACAACAUAGAAAUAUUCAUAGGUCAAUUGAUGUUUAACAUGUAUUGCAACUGAAAUUAAUAUUUAGAAAAUUUAGGAUUCUUAUACAUGUUUUUUUAUUUGAUCAAUUUUUGCCUCAUGCUUUUUAAUGUGCCUUUCUGUUGUGGUGUUCAACAUUAAGACAUUUAGUCAAUUAGAUGAGCCUUCAUUAGUGUCUUAAUAUCUAUAUUAUAUAUGAGUAUAUAUAUAUAUAUAGUAUGUAUUACUUGUUAAAAUAAUGAUACAAUAGGUGAUCUCUGUUUUACAUACGCAAGUCAUAUAAAGCUAUUGAAUUGGACAAUAAAAUUACGAAUGAU